AUGGCUAAGCGGAAACUCCCCGAUAGACCCCCAAAUGGAAUUGGAGCCGGGCAGCGGCCAUCUUUGAGGCGCAAACCGAUCGACCCUCACGCCGCUCACGCUACGCUUACAAAACCUUUCAAGGUGCCACUUAAAUCGAUAUCCACCAACCUGCGGGUCGCGCCAGCCAGAAAUGUGCGCAAGAGAGCCAGGACUGUUUCAUAUGCCGAGCCUGGUCUACUUGACGAUGAGCUUCACGGUGGAGACCUCGAAGAAUACCACGAAGAAGGGGACGAAAACCACCUGUCGCACCGGGGAAAGCGUAUUGAUGCUCUCUCCGCACGCCGUCUAUCUCAAGAUCCUACUCGUUUGCAAAACAUCGACCAUGCGCUGAAAAGGUCUUUCACCGUGCCCAUCAAGGGCUACGUCUCUCGCCACAAUUUUCCUCUUUCCCUUGGUACAAAACCCAAGAUAUAUCUAGAGCCUCGUGCACUUCACGAUCCUUACGAUGAGUUGGCCAUUGUUCUUUACGAUCCGACAAUUGAUGGUCAAACCCCACAACUUCUACAACAACAGAUAGAUGCUGGCCAAGCUGCAGCAGAAGCAGCAGCUUCGCUCUCCACGCAGAAGAGAAACAGCUCAACGCACACCUCUAAAGCCGCAACCAAAACACUAAUAGCCGCUGCCCAGGCAGAAGAAAUCGCUACACACUCUCUAGUAGUCUCAUCGCAACUUCAUCGCAAAAGACUCUCAAAUGGACUUCCAAACAAGACUCUCCAGGAGUUGCUAGGCUCAACCGAGGGGAAAAAAGCACAGUUUGCGAGUGUCCCUGUUGUGAUAGACCCUCUUUUGGCCAAGAUACUUCGGCCACACCAGGUAGAAGGCGUGAGAUUUUUAUACCGCUGCGUAACCGGUCUGGUUAUGAAAGAUUAUCUGGACCAGCAAAACGUUCUCAGGCAAGCAGACGUAGCAAGCACAUCGGGAGAUCAUUUUCCAUCACAGUCUCCUCCACCUUCACCAUCACCAUCUCCUUUACCUUCGGCCCCAACUUUGGAUCCAACCGAGGAUCCGGCUGAAAGUGAUACUGCGACAGAAUCUACCGCUCAAAACAGAGGAGCCUAUGGAUGCAUCAUGGCAGAUGAGAUGGGGUUAGGGAAAACUCUCCAGUGCAUCGCUCUUCUUUGGACUCUCCUGCGGCAGGGGCCACAGGGGUCAAAGACUAUAGAAAAAUGCAUCAUUGUAUGCCCUUCAUCGCUUGUUAAUAAUUGGGCCAAUGAGCUGGUUAAAUGGCUGGGGAGGGACACCCUUCCUGCUCUUCCAAUAGACGGUAAGAAAAGCUCUUUAAAUAAUGGAACGGUUGCAGAAGCAGUACGUGCGUGGGGCAAUGUUCAAGGUCGGAAUGUGGUAAAACCAGUGCUGAUUAUCUCUUAUGAAACACUGCGACGAAACGUCGAACAUUUGAAACAUGCGAAUGUUGGGCUACUGCUUGCCGAUGAGGGGCAUCGUCUGAAGAAUGCAGAUUCAUUAACAUUCACCUCGUUGAACAGUAUAGACUGCCCCAGAAGAGUCAUUCUAUCGGGUACGCCAAUACAGAACGACCUUUCAGAAUAUUUUGCCCUCCUUAACUUUUCAAAUCCUGGACUUUUGGGAACAAGAAGUGAGUUUAGAAGGAAUUUCGAAAUUCCUAUUUUACUUGGAAGAGAUGCCGAUGCAGAUCCAGCUGAAAUCGCAAAGGGGGACGAAAGGCUGCAAGAACUAUCAAAUAUCGUUUCAAAAUUUAUCAUUCGUCGUACCAACGAUAUUCUUUCCAAGUACUUGCCCUGCAAAUAUGAACAUGUCAUAUUUGUGAAAUUGAGACCGUUUCAAAAGGAACUGUACGAGCGAAUGAUGAAGCUGCGGCUUUCCCAUCUAUCUAAGGUUGAAGAGGGAGAGGAAGUAGAAAAUCAACCGAAGAAGGGCGAGCAGCCCCUAAAACAAAUUGGCAUCUUAAAAAAGCUCUGUAAUCACCCAGAUUUGCUGCGGUUGCCGGACGACAUUGAGGGCGCAGCAGAUAUCACACCGCCCGAUUACGUGAACUCUACGCUAGCUAAACGUGGGUACUCUGAAGUUCAAACCUGGCACUCUGGGAAGUUUUCGAUUUUGAAACGUUUUUUGCAUAAAAUCCACCGCGAGUCUGAUGACAAAAUUGUUCUCAUUUCCAAUUACACACAAACCCUGGAUUUAAUCGAGCGUAUGUGUCGCACAAGCAGCUACCCUGUUAUUAGACUUGAUGGUACUAUGAAUAUCAAUAAACGUCAAAAAUUGGUUGAUCGAUUUAAUAAUCCGGAGGGUCAGGAGUUUAUCUUUCUUCUCAGUUCAAAGGCCGGUGGCUGCGGUAUUAACCUUAUUGGUGCUAAUAGGCUGAUUUUAAUGGAUCCCGAUUGGAAUCCAGCCGCAGAUCAACAAGCGCUCGCUCGGGUUUGGAGAGAUGGUCAAAAGAAGGAUUGUUUUAUAUACAGGUUUAUUUCUACGGGCUCGAUUGAGGAGAAGAUUUAUCAACGGCAAUCCAUGAAGAUGAGUCUAAGCUCCUGUGUGGUUGAUGAAAAGGAAGACGUGGAAAGGCUGUUCAGUGUAGACAAUCUAAAGCAGUUGUUUCAAUUAAGAAAUGACACCGCAUGUGACACCCAUGAGACAUACCAAUGUAAGAGGUGCUUCGAGGGCAAACAAAAAAUAAAGCCCCAAGCAAUGCUUUAUGGCGAUCCAACAUCGUGGAAUCACUUAGAUCACGGAGCCUUGAAGAGCACCAAUGACCACCUGCUACAGAACGAGGCAAACUUUGAAGACAUCAGCUACGUUUUUCAAUACAUCUCACACUAA